AUAGUUUCUAUAUAUUUAUCGAGAAUAUUAUUUCUACUUAGAGGUUCUUUGAGUUGUUUAGUUCUUUCUUUAUUGUGUCUAAAAAGAGGUCAAGCUUGAUUUAUUGAAUGAGAACUGUUAAGAUUAAACUCCAGUUCUAUUGUAAUGACUUUAAUCUUAGAUUGAAUAUCUUUUAUGUUUUUAGGAUUUGUAAUAUUUAUUUCUUCUAUGGUAUUAUAUUAUAGAGGAGAGUAUAUACAUGGCGAUAGAAAUAUAAAUCGAUUUAUAUAUUUGGUAUUGGCUUUUGUCAUGUCUAUGGGCUUUUUAAUCAUUAGUCCAAACUUGAUUAGAAUUUUGUUAGGGUGAGAUGGUCUGGGGCUAGUAUCUUAUGCACUAGUUAUUUAUUACCAGAAUGAGAAAUCGGCCAAUGCUGGAAUAUUAACAGCUCUUUCAAAUCGGGUAGGAGACGUGGCUAUCUUGCUAGCUAUCUCUCUAUUUUUCAGUUGUGGAGGAUGGAAUUUCUUAUUUUACGUUGAAAAUAUACCUAUUAUUGGAUCUGGCGGACUGCUUUGCGGGUUAGUAGUGUUGGCGGCUAUAACUAAAAGAGCUCAGAUUCCCUUUUCCGCUUGAUUACCUGCAGCUAUAGCUGCACCCACUCCGGUUUCUGCACUGGUUCAUUCAUCUACUCUAGUAACUGCUGGAGUUUACUUAUUAAUUCGGUUUAGUCCGGCUCUAGAAGGGCGGUUAAGUCAAACGGUAUUAUUACUCUUAUCUAGAUUAACUAUAUUCAUAGCCGGUUUGGGGGCAAACUUUGAAUAUGAUUUAAAAAAAAUCAUUGCUUUAUCUACUUUAAGUCAAUUAGGAGUGAUAAUAAGAAUUCUUUCGUUAGGUUAUGCUGACCUUGCUUUUUUUCAUUUAUUGGCUCAUGCAUUGUUUAAAGCUCUUUUAUUUAUGUGUGCCGGGGCUGUAAUUCACAGUGUAAAAGAUUAUCAAGAUAUUCGGAUAAUAGGGGGACUAGUAUAUCAUAUACCGUUGACGGGAAUAUGCAUAAACUUAGCUAAUUUAGCCCUAUGUGGAACUCCUUUUUUGGCUGGUUUUUACUCUAAAGAUAUAAUUUUGGAAGUUGCCUUUAUAUCUCCGAUUAAUUUAGUUUCUUUUUUAUUAUAUGCUUUAGCGACUGGUUUAACGGUGUGUUAUACGAUGCGCCUAGUUUAUUAUAGUUUAUCUGGGGAUUUUAAUUUGGGUAACCUGUAUUCUAUUAGAGAUGAAGGUAAGAUUAUAACUAAUCCUAUAAUGGGACUAAGAGUUGGAGCUGUAUUUGGAGGAGCUACAUUAGCUUGAUUGAUUUUUCCAUGUCCUUAUAUAAUUUGUAUAAGUCCUGUUUUUAAAAUAUUGGCUUUAAUUGUAAGAGUGAUUGGAGGCGUUCUGGGUUAUCUGUUAAAUUUAAAUGCUGUUAAUUACAAUCUGAAUUCUUUAAAAUAUUAUAAUAGAGUUGUAUUUUCUGGUUCUAUAUGAUUUAUGCCUUUCUUAUCUACAUACGGAGCAAGUAAGAACUUUUUAGGGAGAGGAGAAACUUAUCAGAGAGUUGGAGAUAUAGGAUGGUCUGAAUAUUAUGGAGGACAGGGAAUUUAUUCUUUUAUUAUGAGAAGAUCUAAAAUUUUGCAAGUGUUCCAGGACAAUAGUAUAAAAAUUUAUAUAUUAAGUUUCUUACUUUGAGUGAUUGUAUUAGUAUUUGUUGUAGUUU